AUGAUGCAGCGUCAUCCCCGCACUCUUCCACCCCCUCUUCCCCCACCUCCCCCUCUCUCUGGCAACUCAGCCCCUCCGUCCCUACCUCUGCACCACCUGCGACCCUACUCUAUCAUGUUCCGCUACGCUAUCACCUUCAGCUCUUCCCCUUGUCUCCUCACGCUCCUCCUGUGCGGAAACGACUCUCUUCUGUUUCUCCCCAAUCACUUCCUUCCCCCAGACUGGCUCUUCAGCCCUCCGCCCUCGCCCCCCUACCCUUCCGCUCGCCCCUGUUCCCCUCCCCCUGCUUCUAUCUCCCCUUCCCCCUGCGCCAUGCGCGCUCCCUUCCCCAGCGGCUACGCGCAACUUUUCCCCCUGCUCUCCGCUCCGCCCGCCCAGUGCCGCUUUCCCCCUGACGCCCGCGCGCCCUCUGCUUGCGCCGUCGCCCCGGCCAGCGGUCCCUCCGCCGCUUCCCCCGCUGCUGUUCCGCACAGCAGUGACCAUUUCUCUCCGCGCAUGCACCCCGGGCGCGCCGAUCUCACUCUCCGCGCACGGGCAGUAUCCGCGCAAGCCUAA